CCCAAGUGUAUAAAAUACAAGACAAUGUUCAUGAAUUCCUUGUCCUCUUUAUUCCUAUCAUGAAAUUGUCGUCUAUUGCUGCAGCAUUUGUAUCUGGUAUUGCUCUGUGCGAAGGUUCCACAAGGAUGGUGAUUGGAUACUUUCCCAAUUGGCUGUACAGUGAUUAUCCCGUUGAGCGUAUUUCCUUCAAUAAAUACACACAUAUUAAUUAUGCAUUUGCUAUUUUAAACAAUCAAGAUAACCUACCUUCUUUUCCUGAUAAUGAGGUUGUUGAAUCUUCACUUCCCAAUUUGGUGAACAUGGCUCAUGGAAAUCAGACAAAAGUCUUGCUUUCCAUUGGUGGUUGGACAGGAUCCAAGCGAUUCAGUCCCAUGGUGGCUACACCAGAAUCUCGCAAGAAAUUUAUUGAUUGGAAUCUGGAUUUCAUUAAAAAAUUCAACACAGACGGUGUUGAUCUAGACUGGGAAUACCCUGCAAGACAGGCUGCUGGCUGUAACGAAUUCUCUGAAAACGAUACGGAUAACUACUUGCUUUUGUUGCAAGAAUUAAGACAGGCUUUGGAUACCAAGUUUCCUGAUGAACACAAAGAAAUUUCUAUGGCUGUCUAUGUUCAACCUUUUCUAAAGUGGGGAACUCCUAUGACAGACCUCAGUCCAUUUGUGCCUUAUUUUGAUCAUGUUAAUUUGAUGACUUAUGAUAUGAAUGGUGCUUGGGGUUCUACUACUGGUCCCAAUGCGCCUCUCCGGGCACAAGAAGGGUUUUCUUAUGUGAAUAGUAUCAGAGAUUGGAAAGCAGCUGGCGUACCAAGCAACAAAAUUACAGCCGGUCUUGCAUUCUAUGGCCGUUCUAUCAAAGCUCAAGUAGACAUGACUCAGGCACCUACCAAUCAAUUCCAAGCCUCUGAAAUUGGCGCUCCUCAAGGUGAUGCUGAUGAUGGUAUCUGGGCUGAUCCUUAUUGUGAAAGUGAGCCUGCUAGUUAUUCAGGUAUCUGGAAAUGGACUAAUUUUCGUAAACAGGGCUUGUUGAAAGAUGACUUAGUUACACCUGGGGAAGGUUGGCAUAGACAAUGGGACAACACAACCCAAACACCUUGGUUAUUCAAUCCUUCCACAAAGCAUUAUAUUUCCUAUGAUGACCCUCAAUCACUCAUUCUGAAAGUGGAGCAUGCUGUAUGUGAAAAUUUGGCAGGUGUUAUGGUCUGGGAUAUCCAUCAAGAUAAUGGUGAACUUUUAGACACUAUCCAUAAGAUUCAUAAUACUACAUGUCCUACAACUGUCGAUACAGAAGAUGAAGCAGAUAAUGAUGCUGCUAUAGCUGAAGAAGAAGAAGAAGAUAUGGUCCAUUGGUCUGGUCCUCUUGUUUCCUCAUCUCUUUCUCAAGACGAAGCUUCUUUUUCUCUCAUUGCUCCUACUUCUCCUAUCCUUCCAAGCAGUGGUGUUUAUCAAAGCAGAUCUAUAUCUGAAUCCAAGAGUAGUGACAUGCAAGUAUUUUCCAAGACAAGAGCAUCCUUGUUGCCUACUCCUGUAGUUCAAAGUCUUCAUGGCAAAAGUUGUAGUGUUCCUAGUGAACAAAAGUGUGUUGACUCUGGAAAAUCUUCUCAAUGGUUGACAUGCAAUUUCGAUAAAUGGAUAGUGCGUGAUUGUUCUCCUGGACUUUUGUGUUAUGAUGGCGCAGUUGGGCUUGAAUGUGAUUAUCCUCGACGCAAAGAAACCUCCGGAUUAGAGAGCAAGCAAGACUUAUUACAUAGCCUUGUUUCUAUGGGCAAUCAUUUGGUUACUUUGGCUGUUGAAGAUCCAUACCCAGAAUCCCAAGUUGUUUAAGUCUUUUUUUUCUGUACCUGACAAUUAAAUUAUUCUUCUUUUUUUCUUCUUUCUAGAGCAUCCCACGUUUAUUAUCUGAGGUAGUUCUGUAUGUAUAAAUAAGUCCUAUAUAUAAAAAAAUGAUGCCGACGAGUUCCUGGAAAAUGAAGUACAUUGUACAAUGGUUGCACAAUAAGGCUGUACCAUAAAACUGGUCUUGUGCUUAUGUUGCAGAUAUUGACUUCUCCUGCACAUUUGUUCAAUGUAUCACUCCAAGAAUUGUAUUGAAAAAAAUAUCUCUACAUUCUUCGUUAGCAUAGGACUUGUA